AUGGCAUUAGCGAAAUCGGAGGCGAAUAGAGCCCCCGCUAAAAAGGACUUGGUCCGACUGAAGGAGACCCCUCCUUUGACGAAGGUUCUUAAAGUAGUUGUUGUCGAGCCUGUUGGGGGUUACAAGGUCGAGUGGGGAAAGGUUGCUAUCCCCACCCGUCUGAGGGCAAGACUGUCUCCUCAGACGGGCAAAGAAUGGAUCGAUAUCCGUGCCAUUGCUGUAGAUCCUGCUUCGGAACAGGAAGCACUGCGCUUGCCCGAUCACGUGAUUAGGCCAUCAAGGGUGGAAAAUGGCCCCGGUAGUUCACGGUUUGCCGCAUCACGAUUAGCUGUGGUAGAGUCCCUUCUCCCGAGCCUCACGUUCCAUGACGGCCCACGGACCUAA